UCAUAGUCCUGCUGUUUAUUGGCGAAGAAGAAAAAGAGGUCCUUCGGUUGUGGAAAAUGGCCGACGUCGAAAUGGAUAUCGCGUCGAGUAGAAUGAAUAAUUUCAACGAGCACGUAAAACAAGACAUGGAAAGCCACGAGAGAAGUGGCAAUGAGGACAGCGGCGAUGUAUCAGAGGAAGAGGAGGAAGAAGAGGAGGAAGCAGAGACUAACGGCGAGAAGGCCGAGGAGCCCGUCAAACAGCAAAGCGGUGGCAGUGCAGGCAAACACAAGAGAAAAAAACACAAGCAUCGCAGCAAGCACAAAAAACAUAAGCACGCCUCUGAGGAAGACAAAGAACGCAAGCGCAAGCAUCGGCACAAACACAGAAAACAUAAGCGCAACAAGGAAGGCGCUUCACCCUCAGCCAAUGCCGCCAUAUUUGCGUCAUCGGGCAACAGGAAAGGCGAAAGCUCCCCAUCCUCGGGCAACCCCGGCGUGGACGAUCGGGCGCUGCUGGAGGACCUGGAAAAGCAGAGGGCCAUGAUUAAAGCGGAGCUGGACAGCCAACUGAUGGAAGGGAAAGUCCAGUCGGGCAUGGGCCUCAUAUUGCAGGGUUACAACUCCGGCUCGGAAGAGGACGGAGCUGACGGUCGGGUCAGAAAUGGCGAACAGCGCAGGAGGGGCAGCUCAGGGAAAGUCAACUCCCCUCGCGCGAGCGGUGGCGGCAAAUCCAGACGUGACUCCACAGAGGCCAGUAAGACCGCCUCCAAGCGGCACAGCCCCAGCAAAAACACGGAGCGGACCACGAAGGAUUCCAAGCCGGACAAGGUGAGCAAAAGCAGUAAGGACACAACCGUUAAAGACAGAGGCCGUGCUAGGAGCGCCUCAAAAGAGAGAAAACAUUCAGAGAGCACUGACAGGUCGAAGGAGAGGGGCGGGAAGUCCCCCCCGGAGCAGAAAAGCAGUCGCGCCGAGAAACCCCGUUCCUCACCGCAUCGGGAAGAGCGGCCGGCGCAGGAAAAAGCACGACCCCGAUCCAGGUCGCCUGCACGGGAGCGGCCCGGUCGCUCCGACGCUGAGCGAGACAAAAGACCAAACAAGUCCCCGUCCAAAGACGCUUCGUCCGGCAAAGAGAACCGCUCGCCGCACCGACGGCCACAGCCCAGCCCAGUAAGGAAGCGCAGUGCCUCACCUCGACUCAGAGAAGCGCGCCACGCAUCAGCCAGCGGCGCCGACCGCGUCAGGGUCAGGUCGCCGCCACCCAGGAGGGAACGCUCGCCAGUAUCCCGUAGGAGAGAAGUUGAGAGGCAGGAGUCGCCAGUCAGGAAACGGCUGCGACCGGAACCCGGGUCAGUUCGCGAACGCUCGCGAGACAAGAGUCCACCGGCGCCCUCACGUCGCAGGGUGAGCCGUUCACCACUUAGGCGCCGCUCCCCAUCGCCGCGCCGACGCUCCCGUUCGUCACCCCGUAGGCGGAGCAGGUCUCCACUCAUACACAGGUCCGGCGACAGAGACCGCUACGGGAGGCUCCGGCAGUAUCGGCGUUCAGCGUCACGUGACCGCGGCAGGAGGCGAAGACGGAGUAGAGACGAAGACAAGUUCAAGGGAAGUCUUUCAGAGGGCAUGAAAGUUGACCAAGAGUCUUCAGACGAUGAUAUGUUAGACGAUUUUGACGGCGAAGAAAUCGAUGAAGAGGCCUUAAUCGAACAGCGCCGACAACAACGAAUGGCCAUCGUACAGAAAUACAAGACGGCGAGCGAGGACGCCAACAUGGUGUCUGAGCCCAGCAGCCCGCAGAGCAGCACGCGCAGCCGCUCGCCGUCGCCUGACGACAUCCUGGAGCGAGUUGCUGCUGAUGUCAAGGAAUACGAGCGCGAGAACCUCAACACCUUUGAGGCCAACAUCAAGGCCAAGCACAACCUCAUCGCCCAGGAGAAAGACGGGACCAACCCGAAGAAGCCGUCGGCGCCCGACAUGUUCACCGAGUCGGACGACAUGUUCGCUGCAGACUUUGAUAGUGCCCGGAUGAGAGCCUGCGGCGUCGGCAAAGACUUCAAGGAAAAUCCCAACCUCAGGGACAACUGGACCGACGCCGAAGGCUACUACAGGGUGAACAUCGGCGAGACACUGGACAAGCGCUACGACGUGUACGGCUACACGGGGCAAGGCGUGUUCAGCAACGUGAUCCGUGCUCGAGACACCGCCCGAGCCGGCCAGGAGGUGGCGGUCAAGAUCAUCCGCAACAACGAGCUCAUGCAAAAGACGGGUUUGAAAGAACUAGAAUUCCUCAAGAAGCUAAACGAUGCCGACCCGGACGACAAGUUCCACUGCUUGCGUCUUUUCAGACACUUUUACCACAAGCAGCACUUGUGUCUGGUCUUUGAGCCGCUCAGCAUGAACUUGCGGGAAGUUCUGAAGAAGUACGGCAAGGACGUGGGGCUGCACAUCAAGGCCGUGCGCUCUUAUAGUCAGCAGCUCUUCUUGGCCUUGAAGCUGCUCAAAAGAUGCAACAUCCUGCACGCCGACAUCAAACCCGACAACAUACUGGUGAACGAGUCUAAAACCAUAUUGAAGCUGUGCGACUUUGGCUCGGCAUCGCACGUGGCCGACAACGACAUAACGCCCUACCUGGUCAGCAGGUUCUACCGAGCCCCUGAAAUCAUCAUCGGCAAGCCGUACGAUUACGGCAUCGACAUGUGGUCGGUGGGCUGCACGCUCUACGAGCUCUACACGGGAAAGAUCCUCUUCCCGGGCUCAUCCAAUAACCACAUGAUCAAACUGGCCAUGGACGUCAAGGGCAAGAUGCCCAACAAGAUGAUCCGCAAGGGAUUGUUCAAAGACCAACAUUUUGACCAGAACCUCAACUUCCUCUAUAUCGAAGUGGACAAAGUCACAGAAAGGGAGAAGGUGACGGUGAUGAGCACCAUCAACCCCACCAAAGACCUCCUGGGCGACAUGAUCGGCGGUCAGCGUCUCCCUGAGGAGCAGCGCAAGAAGGUGAUGCAGCUCAAGGACCUCCUGGACGCCACCCUCAUGCUGGACCCCGCCAAGCGUAUCAGCAUCAACCAGGCCCUCCAGCACGCGUUCAUCCAAGAGAAGAUUUGACCAACAACCGAAACGGCCAGACUUAUUUUCGCUCAUUAUUUUUGUAAAUACCACACGGAAGAUUCAACUUCUCAAUUUUUCGAUCGUUCCAAUUAAACGUUGAGUGUAAAUAAUGCAUGCUUUCAAACGUUCCGUGUACAAAACAAGAUCGAAAAGAAUAGUUUUUUGUUUUUGUUUUUUUUAGAGCACGGCGGCGUGCUUGAAGUGCCUCCUGUUGGCGCCUCCUCGUAUGACACCUUCUUGUACAUAGUCGCCCUCGUCAUGGUUCUUUUGUUCCCUCGUUCACAAAUACAUGGUUCGGUCCAAUCUGGUGAUUUCAUUGAAAAUGACAGUAGUUGAUGCCCAGAGAACACCUUCACUAUACUUUUUAGUAAUAAAUGGUUUCCUAAUGAUCAAACUUGCCUCUCUUCAUUUUACGCACACGUGACAUUGAAUGUAGAGUUUAAUUUGCUUGCCAUUGACGGCGAUAGAUGUCCAAUAUUGUGCAUUUGAAUUUUUCAAAUGGUUUAGUCCAUAAAAUCUUAGAGGAGGAAACCUCUGGACACCUCACGAUACAAUUUGCAAUAUGAGGCUCACAAUACCGAUCUCACGAUAUGGCGAUACAACACUUAUCAAUACAUUGGUCAGGAAAUCAUUUUACAAGUAUUAAACUGAAAAACAAGCCAUUUUCAUCUUUCUGCUGUGAAUUGGAAUGAGUUUAUCACUAGUAGACUAGAAGACGUCCAAUCCAUUUGAAGUGUCAGUGUGGCAGCGAAUGAAUUGGAUGUCUAUGGCCAGGAAAUAAGGUCAUUUUGGUGCAUUUCACGUCAUUUACUGUUGGUUUUCGGUCAUUUUUGUUUUUGGGGCAUUUACAGGUCUUCAGGUAUCUUGUUGAUUUUGGGUUACUGAAAAGGAAGGGGCUCAAGAAAGUCCGCAAAUGAAUAGGAAGGGACUCAAAACCAACAGGAAGUAACCUGGAAAUGCCCCAAAAUGAACAGGAAGUGACCUGUAAAUGCUCAUAAAAGUGGCUGUGAAUGCUCUGGGUUCAGUGCUAUUGACAGCGCUAGACGUCCAAUCUAGUCUAAAUGAGUUGGAAGUCUAGCGCAGUGAGCUA